AAUUUCAUUACAUCUCAGGAAAAAAAAAGUGUGCAAGAAACCAAAAAAAAUAAAUUCAGUAGUAGUAUUCCAUUCCAUUUUCUGAAGCUACGUAUUAUUAUUACUAGUAGUUCUGCUGCACUAAACUGACAUCAUAUCAGAAUAUUCAGUCAGCCAUCAUACUUGAAUGCCCUUUCUUUUUUGUAUCGCUACUACUCUACAUUCUGUAAUCUUAUUUUGCCUAGCUUUGAGUGUCGAAGCUGAAAAAGAUUCCACCUUUAUAGUAAAACGUCGCUGUGUCUUGUUGAGGUUUUAAGGAUUUUACUGUCGAACUGUCUGUUUUAGCACAUGAAUGGAGGGAUUACAAGAAGGGUUGAAUGGUGCUGAUGUCACUGAGAAAGGUGAUGAGAGCUACAGGGUGGAGCUGAGAGUUGAAAGCCCCGACCCAGCUGGAGGGAAGAAGAAGAGGGGAAGGCCCAGAAAGUAUGCAGCGGCGGAUGGCUCGAUCUUGGCAUUGUCUCCUAUGCCGAUAUCGGCCUCCAUUCCGUUUACGGGCGACUAUUCGGAACGGCCCCUCAACUCUUCAAUGAAAAAACAUAAAUUGGAUUUUUCAAGUCCAGGGGGUGAACUGGCAUGCUCCGCGGGGGGAAGUUUUACACCUCAUGUGAUUACUGUUAAUGCUGGCGAGGAUAUAAAUAUGAAGAUAAUAUCAUUUUCCCAACAAGUAUCUAGAGCAAUUUGCAUCCUGGCUGCAAAUGGUGCCAUCUCAAAUGUUACACUGCGUCAAUCUAAUUCUUCUGGUGGUACUUUAACGUACGAGGGGUGUUUUGAGAUACUUUCUCUAACAGGAUCUUUCAUUGUAAGCGAUGAAGGAUUGGCAAAAAGCAGAUCAGGAGGGAUGAGUGUCUCUCUAGUGGGCCCCGAUGGUCGUGUAUUUGGAGGAGGACUUGCUGGGAUGAUAGUAGCAGCUGGCCCUGUUCAGGUUGUUAUCGGCAGCUUUGUUUCUGGAAAUCAGGUGGAGCAAAAGCCUAUGAAGCCAAAAUACGAGCACACAAUUUCAUUUGGCGCCGUCCCUUCUAACCCGGUCUCUGAAGAAAGAUAUGAAGUAGCCUACAAUAGAGCAAGGCCAAAUCUCACCUCCUCUGCUUCAUAUCACAGCGACAACUUGCCUUCUGUACAUUCUGAACAUAAUGCUGAGGAUUCUAGAGUGCAAAGCCAUGAAAUAGCGUGCUGAUUGUAUCCCUAUCCCGUGUGAAUCUUUAGCCGUUUUUCAUUAGAAUUAAGGAUUUUAGGGCCGUGCCCUCCUUAUGUUGCCAAGGAGUGUAUGUCAACUCAGAGCAAGGCAUGAUUUGCCUGACUCAAUCUGCUUUCUUUUUUCCUAGUUUAGUUGCUGAGUGAGGAACUUCUGAUGCUUUGCAUUGUGUAGUAAUGAAAUUGGAGACAGCAUUUUCACUU